CGAAAAGAAUUUCAUCGGCUCCUCCUCUCUUGCCCUCUUGAUGGUAUCCAGCUGAAAUGGUUUCUGGAUUGCCCCUAGUUCAAGCUCUAAGUCAAGCAUUCACGCACCUCCCCCGCAUACGGCUCAAGUGGCGAAGGCCCUUUCCUUCGCGCUUGGUAAGCGCUUCGCCUGGUGAAUUAGCAUGUUUUAACACGUGUUGUUUGGUGUGAGUAUGUAUUUCAUAUUCUUUACAGCUAAGCGAAGGCUUAAUUGAAUGGAUGAGUAAGGGAAUACGAGCUCCUUCAUCUCCUUAUAUACGUCGCCAUGUUCGUUGACGGCCGAAUAAGAAGGGGGUCAAACAGCCACUUGACGAAAGUUUUAGGGGUGAGAGCAGACCCCGAAUAGGGUGAAGGGGAUGCCUCAUUGGCAGCCGAGAGCAGCAUCAAAUACCGGACAAAGCCUUUUUUUAGGAAUUACUCAUAUCCAAAGCAGCUUUUCACAAGCACCCCACCCCAUACAACUAGUUGGGGGGGCUGUUCGCCUUUUGAAUCAAACAAAGUAAGUAAGGAAUGAAUCAAGGGAUAAGACUGUGACUUAGAUAGAAGGCCAAUGGCCGUACCAGAAAGCUAUCCCCGGAACAACCAGACCCACCACCAUUCACUGCAUUGGUCCCAAACUCUCAAACUUCAUGGAUUCCGGAUUCAUAUUGUGCUUUCAGUAAUGUUGGUUUGGCAGUAUUUACCAGCGGUUUGUGUUUUUGGCUCAUCAUGGACUGAUUGGCACAAAAUAUUUGCUAGAACAAAGGCAAAUGAGUCUACAGACUAUAUGAUCAGUCUACCUACUCAUGGAGUUGUUAGUGGAGUGUGGUUUGGUGCUUGGCCAAUGGCACUUGAUUGGGAAAGCCCAUGGCAGGUAUGCUACCUGAUUGCCAAGGAUUCAAAGUUCACAAUAUAGAGAAUGUAGUGCAUAUCAUGGUGAAUAUAUUUGGAUUUUAGAUGCAUUAAUUGCAUUCACUAGAGCUUAAGUUGUCCACAAUACUAUCUUUUGAGAGUCUUGCAAUGGAAAGACAUAUAAAAUCCACUCCACAUGACCUUGUUCAUAUUUUAUUCCCUUUAAACAAAUUCUUCUCUGAAUUGUUUUUAAGAAAAGUAGAGCCACCUCAACGAACCUUGCUCACCCUAAUGAACCUUGUACAUAUAAAAGUAGGAUGCCCAGUUCUUCUAGAAGGCAAGGCAUCCGAUGGCCAUUUCUAAUUUUUUGUGACCAAAUUUUGGUUAGAAAAAUGAGUUUUUCAGGGAAUGACAUUUUGUGGACACUAUCCUUCUGGUGGCUUGAUUUGCUUGAUGCCGUGAAAGUUCUUGAAGUUGUUUGUCCUAUUUUUGUGUCAAUUUUUUUGCCGCUUCCUUAUAGA